AUGCCCGCUGCCAUGGAACCCACCCAGCAAGCCCCUAUGACCUCUGACAACGGAGAUAUUGUCACGCAGCAGCCCACUGCUGAGCCUCAGCCCGACAUGUCCAUGCGAGGUGGUGAAGAAGCUGGAUGCGAGAUUUGCUGUGGCCUCUGCGCCUGCGACGAGGGAUGCUGCUAA